UUAGAAUCAUAAUGUGUAUUCAAUUUAUAUAUAUAGAUUUAUAUAAAAAUGGAAUAACAGAAAAAGAAAGAAUGGGUUACUUGAUGUCAUUUAGCCCGUUUGAUUUCUCUAAACAUUUUGCUUUUGGACUUGGUGUUGGAGUUGGCAUUGGUGUAGUGAUCAGAAAAGUUAUCAGAGAAAAAGCCAAGCAGAGAGAACAUCUAAUAUCAUGCUUAAAACAAUUAGCAGCUGAGGUCAGGCAACUCCGUGAAACUUUUAUAAACACUGUUGCAUCAAAUUCGAAACUUAAGCAAAUUAAAAGUGGGAGUGAUUCAAGUGAUGAAGAUGAAUUCUUUGACACAGAGAAAGGACAUGAUGCUGCAUCUGAUAAUCUUGAGGACUUUAUGUUGAAGGUGGACAGACUACAGGAUGGUUCUUCGGCUGACCAGCAAGAUGCCUAUAACUUACUUAUCACUAAAACAAACGAAAUACAAGAUAACUGUGAGUUGCUGUGGAGGUUGGCAAAAUCGCAAUAUCAAGUUUCCGAAUUAAAAGAAAAAGCGGGUGAUAAAGAUGCACAAAAACUAAUCAAUGAAAAAGGAAUACAUACAGCAGAGAAAGCAAUAAAAAUUAAUAAUGAGAAUUUCCGAGCACAUCAAUGGUACGCUAUACUUAUUGGUAACAAUAUUCAAUUUCUCGAAACAAAGGAAAAAAUCUUAUCAGGUUAUAAAUAUAAGCAACAUAUCGAAAGAGCCAUAGAACUGGAACCAGACAAUGCGACAUCAUACUAUCUGUUAGGAAGAUAUUGCUUUGAGAUAUUUAUGUUGCCGUGGUACAUGCGAAAAGCAGCAGGAGCAUUGUUUGCAAGCCCCCCAGAAGCUACAGCAGAUGAUGCAUUACAACAUUUUUUAAAGGCUGAAGAACUAAACCCUGGAUUCUGGACCGAAAAUCCUUUAUAUAUAGGGAAGUGUUAUUAUCACAAAUGGGAUUAUGUGAAUGCUAAAAUCUGGUUCAGGAAGGUAGUGCAAGCAAAGACAAAGUCUCCAGAGGAUGAAAAAGCAAGAGAGGAAGCCUUGGCAUUACUGAAGAAAUGCUGAUAAUACAACAGAUUCAAGACUUUUCCGUUAUUAUGGCUUUUUAUAUGUAUAUGUUUAAUUAACUAAAAAAGUAUAACAGAAAAAACUUUAA